AUGUUCUUUGCUAUUCAUAUUCAAUUUAGUACAAAUGCUCAUAAUACAAGUGUUGAAGAUGAAUCAGCAAAAUAUGGAGAUAUAAUUCAAAUUGAUAAAAUCGAUUAUUAUUAUUAUAGUUCAUAUAAAAUGAUAAUGAUGCUUCGUUGGAUAAAUGAUUAUUGUACAUCAAAAUCUCGUCGAGCACCACAUAUAGAUCUUCGAAAAUAUGUUCUUUUUGUUGAUGAUGAUUAUUAUGUUGAUUUAGAUUCAUUAUUAUUAUAUAUAUAUAGUAUUGAUGAAGAUAAAGAAAUGACAACUUAUGAACGACGAACAUUUCUAACAGGUGAAUUACAUGAAAAAUCUCGUCCUCGAAGAUUUAUAAAUGAUCGUUGGUAUGUAUCAAUUAAUGAUUAUCCAUAUGAUAUGUAUCCUAAUUAUAUAUCAACUGGAUGUUUUUUAAUGACACGUUAUAAUGCACGUUUAUAUUAUAUCGCAUCAAAAUAUAUUCGUUUAUUUUAUUUUGAUCAUGUUUAUAUGGGACUUUUAUCGUAUUCAAUGUCAACUAAUUUAAUUGCAAAUAAUCAACUUUUUUCAACAUCUUUAUCAUUAAAUUAUAAAUUGAAUAAUAAUCAAUUGAGAUUUUUAUAUCAAUGGAAAUCUAUAUUUAAUAAUCAAAUUUAUUUUAAUUCAACAAAAAAUCCAAUUUGUUUUCGAGGAUAUCGUACUCAAAAAUUAAUUGAUAUUUGGAAUCAAAUUCAUCAAACUAAUCUUACUUUUACAUUUGACUCAUCUAUUAAAUAA